AUGAUGAGAACAACGCUUGAACACAUCCCCUUCGCCUACCGCUUCGUCUUCCUCUGGUUCGAGCCCCUGGCAGCACUCGGCGGUACUUUCCUGCUCUGGUUCAACCCCGAAAUGAUCCUCAACACCAUGAGCCCCAUUAGCAGGUUCGCGCCAGACAACAAAGUCAUCUAUGACCAACUCGCCGCAACAUACGCGCUUUUCGCAUAUAACGAGGCAAUUCUUCUGCGAUCCACGAAUGAUUUGCGGGUGUGGCGCACCGUAGUUAUCGGCAUUCUGCUUUGUGAUGCGAUGCACAUGUAUGCUAGCUGGGCUGUGCUUGGGAGCGUGUUCUGGAAUCCUGGCGCGUGGAGGUGGGAGGAUUGGGUCAAUCUAGGGAGUUUGUGGGGGCAGGGUGCCGUGCGUGUGGCCUUUUUGGCGGGGGUUGGCCUCGAGGGGAAUUUACGCGUGAAGGCCGAUUGA